GGGGACCUUAGCAACGGGGAAGGUUUUCCCGGGAGAAGAUGCAGCCGAGCGGGGAAGGAGAUGCCGUGGGCCGGCAGAGCCCCGAGCCCACCAUGUACCGGCACAGGCCCACCUCGGAGCUGACCCAGGAUAUUUCUCAUUUGCUAGCAAGUGUCUUUAAGAACAUGUAUACCUCAGAGGUGAUAGGAGUGGACACCGUGGAGAAUAUGAUCAAGUCCCGUGGCGGAGACAAUGUCCAUCAUGAGGAGUUCGUUAAAGAGUUACAAAAGGUCAGGAAGAAAUACAAAGACGAAUUGGCAGAAGCAGAUAUGCUAGAAAGGCACAUCAUCCAAGCCAGGGCUCGGGCCACAGCAGAAGAGGAAAGGAUCCUGAAUGAAUACAAAGAUGACGUUCCAGAAGGUUACCGUCACAUUGCGUUGCCACCGGUAAAGUCUACCUUCAGAUGGUGCGUGGAUGAUGAACUUCUGGAAAAGCAUAAUUUAAUCAGCCCAAAGGAUUACAUCACAGAUCCAGAGCUCAUUACUCGGGCACCAAAAGAAAUAUCCGAGCCUGGCUACUUGAAAGAAAUCGAGAGUUUUCAACACCAUAUUUCUGACAAUUCAAUGUCUACCAAACUGAAAGAAAGUCCACACAUUAAGAAACUACAAGAAAGUUUUCCAGAUGUGUCUUUAUCUAGCUUUACCAUGGAGUCUUCAACUACUGAUGUUCCAAGUCGUAUUAAAAAAUCAUUCAUUAAGAGUGAGAGGAUCCCUCGGGCCCCGGGGCGGAACGUAUAUGGGGGAUUUGCUGAUGUCGUAAGAAUUGGGGAGGGGGUGCGGGCAGCACGGCCGAGGCGUGGGACAGGGGGGACAGCCACAGAGAGAACCGCACUGGACGAGGGCCACGCCCCGCACCGCGAAGGAGCAGCCGAGAGGGGCAAGGCGGCGGAAAAGAAUGCGGGGACAGACGCCAAGGAAACUGCAGCCAACCGAGGGAGUAUGGCCAUGAAGGGCGGGACCAGAAGGAGGCAACGGCAGGGGCACCCCCCGGGGAACAGCGUACCAAAGUACCAAGAAGAGAGGGAUCGGGGGGGGUUGGCAUGCGUCAGGGGGGCCGGAGGCGGACGGCAGCGCCAUCCCGCAAGAGCGCCCGGCGGUGCACCACCCACGCGCAGGCAGGCCAAGGGAGUCACGGCAAGAGACCAGGCAGCGGAGAGCGAGGGGCGCGGAGGGAAAGAGGCGAAACAACGGAGCAGAACAAGCAGUGAGCGUACGCAAAAGGGGUGCUGGCCUGAGAGCGGGACCAAAAGGGCUGGGCCAGGGCGGGGUGAGCGGCAGCGAGUGGGAAAGAAGCGGUACAGAAAAGGGGAAGGCCACCACCCGGGCGAAGCCACAGGGCCGAGCCAAGAGGGGAUGGGGAGGGGGGAGGGAAGAAAGCCGGGAGCCCGCAGAAAGAGGAAACAGCCGGGCGAAAAGGCAGCCGGGAAAGAGGGGGCAGGGGGGCCCGUCAAAGAACGACCCGCGCCAGAAAACCGAGGGGGGAGAGCGGCAAGAGCUAGGCAAAAAAACCGCGGACCAAGAGAGAGCCAGAAAGCGGGAAAACCCGCGCGACGGCGCCACACGCGAGCGGAGACGGCCCGUGCGCCGCAAAAGAGGGCAGCUAGGCCAGAAGAAAGAGGGGGCGGAAGGAGCAGACGAGGCGGAAAAAAAGGAAGGACAAAACGGGGAGGGGAACGGCCUGGGAGGCCGACAGGAGCGCCACCGGGCGCAAAGGGGAACCCGGAGCGGGGAAAGCGACGGGUAACCGAAAGGACGCAGGCACGCCAGCGCGCAGGCACAGAAACCGCCACAAGGGAACAGCGAUCGAGCCGCGGGGGCAACGCCGGGCAGACGGCCGGGGCGCACACCAAAGGCGGCAGUGCGAAGGCGCGACUGCACAAGAAACAAACGCACAGACCGGGAAAGGGCGGGCCGGCAGGACCGAAGGAAGGGGCGACGGGAGAGCAGCCACAGGAGGGGGCCGAAGGAAAGGGGGCUGGGAGCGACGAACAGGAAACAGUGAUCAAAGAUAACGACACGAGAAAACCGCCGGAGCCACCAGAGAGGGCGGAAGCGGCACAGGGGGGAGGAAGGACACAGGCCCAAAAGGGAAAACCAAGGUGGGACCAGCCGGCAAAGAAAAGACCCAGCCGAAGCGCACCAAAAGGCAUGCCAGAGCCAGGCAAGCCCAAGCCGGCUCUCGCCCACCAGCGGGCCGGGCAAGGGCGGACGGAACGGCCGCCCGGGAGCGCAGCGCGCGGGGCAGAGAAGAGCGGGAGGACAGGGAGGGCCGGGCAGGGUGAGGAGGGAGAGCCAAGACCGCAAGGGGGGCGCAGAAAAAGGAAAAACGACGGGAGACAGGAGGCAGCGCCAGGAGACGGACCCACGGGGAGAACCUGCCGCCCCAGGACGAGGGAAGCGGCGAGCGCGGCAAAGGCCUCCACAGGGGCGGGCCGAAGCCUAAGGGACGAAGCGGGACCAAGGUGGCCAGCGGACGGCCCAAGCGGGGCCGGGCACACAAGGGGGAAGGUGCACCGCCGGCAAGGAGGCCAGGCUCAGGAGUCAAGACGCCAAACGGCACCGGCGCGGAGCAGCAAGUUCAAACGGCCCGCCAGGGGGUGGACGGCAACGGCAACGCCAAAGGGAGGCGGGUGGAGGGGGGGGGAACACGGGGAGCGGAGGGGCUCCCGGCCGGAGGAGGAGAAGCGGGGAGGCGCCAUGCCCAAGGAAUGGGAGAAGGGACCAAAAGCUUGUAAAAAAGCAGGCGGCGGGGAGGGCACGAGGCCCACCGGGGCCGAGUCCAGCAAAAACCCACCAAAGGACGGGGGCGGAGAUAGGGGCAGGGGGAGAGGUGAAGCGGGGGGGCGGCAGCACAACAGAGGAACGGACGGAGCCAACAAGAGGGCGGGCCGGCGGAGACAUGGCGCGGAGGAGAGCGAAGAGAUGGCGCAACACGUCAGAAGGGGGGAGGGGGACGAGAGAUGGCUCACGCCGGCUGGGCCCGCAGGGGAGAGCCAAGCCAGAAGGGAGGGGGCCGGCCAAAAGAAAAGGCGCGAGGCGGGACAGAAGGGAAGGACGAACGACGCACGCUCGGACAGAAGAGGCCGCCGCGAAGCACGGUCGAGGGGGGGAGGGCGCACGGAUUCCAGAGGGAAGAAAGGGGGAAGGUCCGAUAGGAUGGGAAUGGGCAGAGGGGGCGGCAUGGGGCCGACCGCCAGGGAGAAAGGGGCGGAGGAAGGAGCAAACCGCCAGCCAGACCGCGGGGGGGGCCGGGACACCAGGGGAAAAUUUCCAGGAGAAGGAGGACUUAUUGCUCCGGGAAUGAGCUGUUACCAUGAAGUUCAGUUCAUUCCUGAAUACCUGUCGGAUUAUGAUGAUUAUAUCCUGGUAGAGUCGCAGGCGCCAUAUCCGUUCUUCAUCCCUUUGAAAGGUAGAAGACCGCCUCCUGUUUUGACACUGCCUUCCACCUUGGACUGUGGUGCCUGCCUCGUAGGCGGAGUAAAAUUUACACAAUUUCCUUGCAAAAACGAAGGUUCCAGCACUGGGAAGUUUUGCAUCAUGCCAAAGGGCAUCUGGCCACCCCCUAACUUCCGGGCUGUUGCCACUUUUGGUUAUGUGGAGCAAGACGUAUUUGGGAUUCAUCCAGCAGUAUUUGAGCUAGCUCCUGGCCAGUCGACAGUAAUUGAGGUUGUCUUCAUGCCCAUUUUACCCGAAACCUUUACAGUGACGUACCUCAUGGUUUGUGACAAUUGCCAGAUCAACGAGAUUACGGUGACAGGUCUAGGGCAGCUGAUAGCUUUGGAACUGUUCUCUGUCACUGGUGGAGAAAGCCAUCCCCUUCCUGGUGAACUUACCGAUGUGACAGCUCAGCAUCUCAUUCGAUUUGAUUCUCUGAACCCCUAUUCUGUAGCAGAGAAGAUUCUGGUUCUUAGAAAUAUGACCCACGUAGAACUUCCCUUCUUCUGGCAAAUAAUGAAACCUAACUUGCAGCCAUUAAUGUUGGAAGGAAAAGUGGACCUUGCAAAAAUAAAGUACAACUUGGAAAGGGAGUCAGCUUUCUCUCUAACUCCGUCCAUGGGAAAGCUACCUGCGCAUUCCGACUUCCCCUUUACUCUCACAUUCGCUCCAAAAAAGUUGAGAGACUACCACAGUGUGCUUCAGAUUGUACUAGAGGAUAUCCCAGAACUACCUAACCCUCAAAAACCGUGGUUAUAUGAAGUUGGAGAAAACCGACAAGAAGAUGUUAUCGCCCUGGAAAUAGAUGUUAAAGGCCAUACAGAACCCUUGCAGCUCCUUUUAGAACCAUACGCCAUUAUAAUCCCUGGAGAAAACUAUAUUGGUGUAAAUAUUCGAAGACUGUUUAAGAUGUAUAACAAUAGCAAAUCCCCAGUCGUGUUUGCCUGGGAGAAAAUCAGUGACUGUGACAUAUUGGAAGUCGAACCUUCUACUGGAAAGUUGGGAGAAAACGAGUUCUGUGAGUUUGAGUUCACAAUUACCGGAGGCAACCCUGGACAUUCCUGUCAUAAGAUGGAAUGCAAGAUCGCCAAGUGUACAGAACCGGUUGUGUUGCAUGUGGAAGCUGAUUUUAAGGGUCCCCUUCUUUCCGUUAGUGCGCCCUCACUUGAUUUGGGUCUCCUUAAACUGGGUGAAAAAGUGUCCAGUACUUUUCAGAUACAAAACGUAAGUCAACUGCCAGGAAGAUGGAAAAUGCAGGAAAGUCCUGUUUGCAUAGCUGAAAGGGAAGAAGAGACUUCUCCUUUUACCAUUGAGCCUUCUAGUGGGGAAUUAGGUCCUCUAGACGUGUGCAGUGUCUCAGUUUUAUUUUCAUCAUAUAUGUGUCAGCGUCUCCAAACAGUGCUAGUGAUGGAAGUGGAAAAUGGAACUGGAAGCCAUAUCCUCGUCAAUGUGGAAGUUCAGAGUCCUCAGGUGUGCCUUCUCUCAAGCCACUUGCAUUUUGAUCUUUCGGUCGGGAUUCCUGCAGAAGCAACUAUCAAGCUGUUUAACCAGACAUUGCUCCCAACCCGCUUUAAGUGGGGAGAGCCCUUUGGAAGGCAGGCUUCUUCAUACACAGUUAGCAUCACCCCUGAAAGUGGCAUUUUGGGUCCGAAUGAAGAAAAGGAAUUGCGUGUGGGGAUACUGACUCAUUCUAAGGAUGAGCUGAAGGACCUCACCUUGUGCUGUAGCAUUGAAGACAUGCUGGAUCCCAUCUUUCUGGCUAUUUCUGGUGAAGUGAAGGGUCUGCAUGUCACAUAUUCUGUACCCUCUGACAGUGAUGAGAAAGAAAAAUCAGAGGAUUCUCAAGAGCUGAAAUUAGACUUUGGUUCUGAAGUGGCAUUGAAGAGCGUGGUGAAACGUCACCUCAUAAUCACCAAUCAUUCUGAAUUAGCUGCUUUUUUCACAAUCGAGGUUGACUAUUUUAGUUCACCAUCUUCAGAGGAACAUGAUAAGCAUGCCGAUAUAGCCGUGGAAAAAACAAGACGGAUAACCAGACAGACUGAAAAGAGACAACAGUCAGCUUUCAAAGCUGCAAUGUUGUCUCAUGGGAAAGGAGCGACUUUCCACGUAUGUCCUUCCACGGGAACCCUGAAGGCCUUUGAAGAGCUUUCUGUAGAAAUAACAGCCUAUAACAACAUGUGGGGACAUUACGAGGACACUCUCAGCUGCAAAGUUGGAGAAUCAGACCCUGUGUGGAUUCCCAUCCAAAUGACCGUGAAAGGCUGCCCGAUCUACUUGCAAGUGACAGGACCGAAUCAUCCAAUGGCAACACCUGUCAUCAGGUUUGGAGCCCACAUCUCAGGCGGAGACACAGUCUCCCGUUAUCUGCGUCUCAAUAAUCCCACUCCUUUUGACAUUCGGAUGGACUGGGAAACUUACAACCAGGAUAAAGACGACGACAAGUUGGUGGACCUCUUGGUGUUCUAUGGCGCUCCUUUCCCAAUUAAAGACUUAGAUGGCAACGAGAUUGAAGUCAUCUGGGAAUCUGAGCCAUCCCGGCCUAAGAUCUCUUUCGCCUCUACUUUCACGUCGUCGCUUGACUCUACCAGGGCGGAUACAAGCCUGGGAACAAUUUUGGAGGAUGAUGAAGGAGGAAGUGAUGAUGAUGAUACAGUGUGUCAUACUCCCACCCCAAAGCAAAUCAUUUCUGUUGUCAUCAGAGCUCACGAGGGGGUGCCUUCAGACUAUCCUUUCUGCAUAACUCCCAAGCAAGUCGUUGUUCCUGCAGAGGGCAAUGUUGCCAUCCACAUUUCCUUCACUCCGCUGAUGCUCCCUGAGAUCAUUAAUAAGUUCGAAUGCGAAGGCUUUGCUCUUGGCUUCAUGAGUUUGGACAGCCCGGUAGUUCAGGAGAUCCCAGGAAAAGUAAUUCGUGGAGACGGUCAUGCCGUAGCACCUCUCAGAAUUGACCUGCAAGCUUUUGUCAAACCCGCCUUAUUAACCAUUGAAAUGGAUCACGAGAGUGGCUUGGAGUUUCAUGCAUUAGCCAGUGGACUCAUCCCAGAUAUGCCCUUAAAGGGUGUUUUGAUAGACUCCCCCACCACUCUCAAUGUGAAGCUCACCAACAACACCGAGACGCCUUUGUCCUUUAAGCUCAUUCUAACAAUGCCCUUCUCUAUCUCUGGAGUGGACCCCAAGAAGAGCCUGCAAAUAUGUCACAGUGAGAGAGAAGAAGAUAGACAUUGCUUCCUCCUCUAUGCACUGGAAAAUAUGUUGUUGAAGGUGUCCUUCCACACAACCCUGGAAUUGCUAACCUACCAGCAUCUUCCAGAAGACCAGAUACCUCCUGGACUUCAAGUGCUCAAUCGUGAAAAUGGAGACAAAAUACUAGAGUUUAAGCAAGAUCUAGUGAUUGAGUACAGCAACAAAGCAACCCAGGUGCUGCCCAUGACAGCCUACCUGACUGUCCCCCUGCUUGAACUUUCUUGUGAUGCAAUUGAUUUUGGGACCUGCCUGGUGAACCAAAAGAGGACUGAAGCUAUCCUUGUGAUGAACAAGAGCGGAUGCAGGAGUUACUGGGCUGCAUUGCUGAACGAAGAAGAGCGGCACAAGGACCCAGAAGUGUUUUCCAUCUCCCCAAAUAACGGCAUCCUCGAAGCACACGUAUGCAGCGUGCCUACCAAAGAAAUCCUGGUGGUCCGCUUCACAGCAAGGGAGGACAAAGAGUACGAGACCAUUGUGACCAUUGUUGGGAUGCUGGGAGAGAAGCCCUGCCUGCUCUAUGUCCGAGGAAAAGGCUCUUACGAUGAGAAGUACGAAGAGAGGCUCAAAACCUAAACGCUCAUCCACUUUCACAGCAGGAAAAGAUGCCAGUAAGUGUGGCUGCAAGUAAGUCCAUCUAGGUUUUUUUUUUUUUUCUAAUAUGAGGCAAUAAUUUCUUGGCAUGAAUAAACUGCAUGGUCUUACAUCAGAAACCAUUAUGCAC